AUGGAAGAACACAAGGAAGACCAACUAGAUUAUGAGUCAGAGAAAAUGGAAAUCUUAAGAUUGGCCCAGUCAAAGAGAAACAUUAUCAGUUUGAACAUGGACCUCGAAAGGGAUAUGCAGAGAAUAGAUGAAGCAAAUCAGGAACUUCUUCUCAAAAUCCAAGAGAGAGAAGAUGAGAUUCAGAGGCUGGAAAGUGAGGUCACUCAGACCGGGGACCUGGCAGAAGACGAGGAGUGGGAGAAGGAGAACUGCACUACAAUGGAGAGGGAAACAGCCUUGCAGGAGAUGGAGGAAGAAACAGCCAGACUUGAAAGGAAGAAUGAGACGCUGGUCCACAGUAUAACAGAACUUCAUAGAAAGCUUACAAGGAAAUCACAAAAGAAAACCAAGUAUGAACAAAACAAUCUAGAUGGAACCCCAGAAGAGUCAAAGGCUAAGUUACAACAGCUGGAAGCUUCCUGUGUGGACCAAGAGAAAGAGCUGGCCAAGGUAAUGGAGGACUAUGCAUUUGUGGCCCAGCUUUGUGAAGAUCAAGCCCUCUGCAUAAAGAAGUACCAGGAAACUUUGAGGAAAAUAGAAGAAGAACUAGAGACUCGGUUCCUUGAGAGAGAAGUAUCAAAGGUCUUGAGCAUGAACUCUGCAAGAAAAGAACAUAACAGCCAAAACGAGGGUAAUUCUAUCCAAAAGAAGGCAACAUUAUUCAGUAAAAGGAUUUUUCGCUAUCUCCUUUUCACCACCCUAUUUUUCAUCAGACUGCUGGGCUACAUGUUUUUCCAUUUAAGUUUUGUAAAUCCAGAUCUCCUUGUCAUGAUACUGCCCAAGAUCCUGAGCAGGAGUAUCUUGUGGAAGCUAAGAAGCUUUCUCCUUCCAUCUCUCACCCUUGAGACAGAGGACAUGUUACCUCACUGA